AGAGCUCAAACCACGACAUGAAUGUAGAAAAUAAUCAUACGGCAGAAACCGAGAGGGAGACACCGACGGACGGCAGCGAGACCAUCACCAUCCAGACCACUCUGGGAGACGAAGAUGAAGAUGUGCACAAGUGUGGUCGCUGUCAGUCCGAGUUCUCCACUCUGGAGGCUUUUAUCCAGCACAAGCUGCAGCAGACCUGCAGACGAGUGGAAGCACAAGAGGUUACUGCAACCAACGGAAGUUCUUCUUCAGAGGUGAAAUCAGCUGAAGGUGCAUCUCCGGAUGAACCAGUGAAGGCUACUAAUGAUGAGAGCAGCGGGUCGUUGGGUCGAGGACGCAGGAAGAAAACAGUUUCAGUGAAAGCUGCCGACCACUCCGACGGGACCGACGGAUCUUUGUCCGACAUCGCCGACGGCAACAAGUCUGUUUAUAAAGUCAACCACGAGGGACGCUACAUCUGUGAGCUUUGUGACAAGACGUUUAAAACUACCAACAUCUUGAGAACUCACUUGAAAACCCACAGCGACCUGAAGAACUUCUCCUGUGACUUAUGUGGAACCUCGUUUCGUACUAAAGGCUCCUUGAUUCGUCACAACCGUCGUCACACUGAUGAGAGACCGUACCGCUGCACCCUCUGUGGCCAGUCCUUCAGAGAGUCGGGGGCCCUCACCAGGCACCUGAAGGCCCUCACACCCUGCACAGAGAAGAUCCGCUUUGUUCAGUACAAGGAGAUCUUGGUCAGCAAAGAUGGCCGACAAAAAGGAGUGGAGCAGGACCUGUCUGCUGUGUCCGUCCAGCAGCAGGAGGUGAUGGUGGUGGAGCAGCAGCCAGAGGAGCAGGAGCUGGUGGAGGGUCAGACUGCUGUGGUCAGUGUGGUGGAGGCCGGCUCCCAGGAGGUGCUCCACCAGCUCCACUUCACCAUGGAGGUGAAUGGAACAACGCAGGAGCAACAGGUGGUAGUAGAACAGUCUCAGGCUGAAGCUCUGUUGUGUUCUCCUGGUUCUCCUCCUCAGGUGGUAGUAGAACAGUCUCAGGCUGAAGCUCUGUUGUGUUCUCCUGGUUCUCCUCCUCAGGUGGUAGUAGAACAGUCUCAGGCUGAAGCUCUGUUGUGUUCUCCUGGUUCUCCUCCUCAGGUGGUAGUAGAACAGUCUCAGGCUGAAGCUCUGUUGUGUUCUCCUGGUUCUCCUCCUCAGGUGGUAGUAGAACAGUCUCAGGCUGAAGCUCUGUUGUGUUCUCCUGGUUCUCCUCCUCAGGUGGUAGUAGAACAGUCUCAGGCUGAAGCUCUGUUGUGUUCUCCUGGUUCUCCUCCUCAGGUGGUAGUAGAACAGUCUCAGGCUGAAGCUCUGUUGUGUUCUCCUGGUUCUCCUCCUCAGGUGGUAGUAGAACAGUCUCAGGCUGAAGCUCUGUUGUGUUCUCCUGGUUCUCCUCCUCAGGUGGUAGUAGAACAGUCUCAGGCUGAAGCUCUGGCUGCUGCUGCUGCAGCAGGAAACAACCUCAUCUGUCAGGCCAUCAUCAACUCUGGCAUCGCUCUGGGGACGGAGGAGGAGGCGGUGGUGGAGGAGACGACACAGACGGCCGAGGAGGAGAUGGAGAAGGAGGUCUCUGACUGUCCUGAUGCUGAAGAAGGAAUCACUGAGGUCCAGGUCAAAGAGGAGUUUGUUGAGAUGGAGACAGAGGAAGCAGCUGAUGGAGACGGAGAUGAUCAAACAUCCUCAAAAUUGCACACGUGUCCACACUGUAAUCGCUCCUUCAAGGGUCUCAAUUACUUCCGCUUUCAUGUCAAAGGCCAUUUAGGUUACAAGCCCUUUAAGUGCACACUGUGCCAUAAGGAGUUUCUGACUGGUUACCUGCUGAAGAAACACAUGGAGGUCCAUGUGAGUGAGAGGAGGUACAAGUGUGGUGAAUGUGGCAAACUGUACAAAACCAUCGGGCACGUCCGUGAGCACAUGAGAGCCCACUCUGAUGAGAGACCGUACCGCUGCACCAGAUGCAACAAGGGAUACAAAACCAAGAAUGCCUUGCAGGUGCAUCAGCGGACUCACGGGGAUGAGAAACCAUACGUGUGUCAGUUCUGCUUGCGAGGCUUCAGGGAGAAAGGCUCUCUGGUGCGACAUAUCCGCCACCACACCGGAGAGAAACCCUUCAAGUGUCCAAAGUGCGGCCGAGGCUUUGCAGAGCACGGGACGCUCAAUCGCCACAUGCGUGCAAAAGGAGGCUGCCAGAAGGACGACUCCACGGAGCAGCAGGACGCAGUAACGGAGGAGCAGACGUCCGUGGACAACCUCGCCACGGCCGCCAUCAUCUCCGAGGAUCCUCACGCCGUCCUGGUGGAGUUCUCCUCGGUGGUGGCGGACACACAGGAGUACAUCAUCAAGACUCAAACGGAGGAGGAGGUGCAGGAGGAGGAGGUUACACUCAUUCAAGACAGCCAGAACGAGAUGGGGAACCACAUCAUGAAGGUGGUGCAGCGAAUCGUCAGCCAGUCUCAGGCCGGCGGCGGCUCCGGCAGCCACCAGAUCAUCGUGCGUAACGUGGCGCUGAACGAGGACGGCCCAUCCAUCUCCGACUGCGGCGACACCAUCACCAUCGCCACGCCCGAGAGCCUGACGGAGCAGGUCGCCAUGACGCUGGCCUCCGCCAUCAGCGACGGCACGCUGCUGGCCACGGCCGGCACCGUGGAGACGGCGGACGGGACGGUUACCAUGGUUACCACGGAGGAAACAGUGGAGGAGGGGAUGGAGAUGGUGCAGCAGCAAGAGGAGUAUGUCAUCACCUCCCCAGAGGAGGUGGAGAUUCAGACUGUCAUCGUAUGAUGGAGGAGACACUAACUGUGGACUGAUUUACUGUAGAGUUUAUAUGUGUGAGAGUGAUUAUAAAACAAAGGCCAAAGUGUUUGUAAGGUUUCUAGUUACAGGAAUGGAACAAGAUACAAAGACACGUCUGUGUGAAGCACAAAGAACGAGUGCACUGCAAAAAGAAAGGUGUCUAAAAACCAGAUAAAAACACUAAAUCUGAGGGAAAUGAUCUUGCUGCAUGGACAGAUAAUUUCACUUGAUGAGAUAAAUUACACAAAAUGACAAAAAUCUGGCAUAAAAUGACCAAAAUGGACACAAAAUGACAAAAAAACAGGCAUAAUAUGACAGAAAAAUACACAUAAUUACAAAAAUCUGGCAUAAAAUGACAGAAAAAUACACAAAAUUACCAAGAAUAGGCCUAAAAUGACCUCCCCAAACUGCAAAAGUGUGUCUAAAAACAGUAAAUCUGAGGGAAAUUAUCUUGCUGCAUGGACAGAUAAUUUCACUUGACAAGAUUUCUGGAGCUGCAACAAUUAUUCGAUUAAUCGAACAAUAAUCGAUUAUUAAAUUAAUCGUCAACUAUUUUGAUAAUCCAAUAAUUGGUUUGAGCAGUUUUUUUAACGACAAUAAGUCCAAAUUCUCUGAUUUCAGCUUCUUCAAUGUGAAUAUUUCUGGUUUCUUUGUUCCUUUAUGACAAUAAACUGAAUAUCUCUUUGGUUUGUGGACAAAACAAGAGAUGUGAGGACGUCAUCUUGUGGUUUGGGAAACACUCAUUGAUAUUUUUAUACAUUUUAUUGACCAAACAACUAAUGGAUUAAUCGUUUAAAUAAUGACAGAUUAAUCGAUAAUGAAAAUAAUCGUUAGUUGCAGCCCUAUAGAUUUCUUAAAUUAAGAUUGUUAAAUCUAGAAAUAAGCAUUUUGAAGGGUUAAAAGAAGUAAUUAACUCUUAAAACAAGAAUAAAACCAGUUAA